AUGUACUCUCCGGCUUUAUAUGCCUCCUGUACCGUCGGCGAUAUCCUCAGUUGCGGUCUCACUGACAUGGCCGUCACUCUUCUUGACCUCGUCAAGUGCAAUAUGCAGGUAACAUUUGCUCAGAUCUGGUAG